AUGGAAGAGAUCACCAAUGGAGUGAACAACAUGAACUUGGCCGUUGAUUCCCAGAAGAAAAGUCGUAUUCAGAUUUCAAACACCAAGAAACGAUUGUUCUUCUACGUCAAUCUCGCCAAGAGGUAUAGGCAGCAAACAAUGAUGUCGAACUCUCUGCCCUUGGAAUGGUAUUCUCUGAUUCUUGACUUGAUUAAGCUAAUUUUCUCAGAAUACAUUAUUGAAAUUACGCUUGCAAAGUCAGAGAAGUUUGAUGAACUAAUGGUUGCAGCCAAUGUAGAAAAAGAAGUUACAGAAGCUCAGGUGCGGAACUGA